AUGCCAAUCUCCAAGGAUCGGUUUAAAGCUUGUAUGCUCCUAAGUGCUGUGGGAGAUGCCUUGGGCUACAAAAAUGGCGAUUGGGAAUUUUGUCAUUCAGGGGAAGCUAUCCACGAUGAGUUGCUUGAGCUUGGAGGAAUUCAGAAAAUUGACAUAAAAGGAUGGAUGGUGAGCGAUGACACUGUGUUACACCUGGCAACAGCGGAAGCUUUGGCGUCAACUUGGACAACUCGUGAAGAACUCUUUACUCAAAUUGCCUCUUUGUACAAAGAAAGUAUGGUAAGCAUAAAUCAUUCAUUUGCUUAUUUAAAAAAAAAACAUAGUCCCACUUGAAAAUGAAGACCCCCUUGAAAACAAAGACCCACUUGAAAAUGAAGAUUCCCUUGUAAAUGAAGACCCACUCAACCAGACAAUCAACCAGGAUCAAAUCAAAUCAAACACCAUUACAUCACAUAAGACCUACUCUACUAGUUUAUCAAAGCAUCUUUACAGCCGUCCGGAAAUAAGAAAUUACUUCAAAAAGUAUUCGUCCGAAAAUUUUUGGUCUGUAUUUUAUUUGCUUAGGAGUAGUAGGAUUAUAUAUAGGUGUAUAUACAGUCCAGAGCUUUUCACUUUUGGAAAUGUUUUGAUCCGCAACCCAAGACAAGCAAUUACCCAGUCACAGAGCAAAUUUGAGUCACAUGACACGGUGCUUGUUUUUUUCAUGAGAGAUAUUCCAAAGUAAAGAUGAUUCAUUGAUCGAAAUAAGAUGCAAAAUUGACAUGUCUACAUCAAAAGAAAAAGCUUGCCUUCUCUAACACUUCAAAUCCAUGGUGCGUCAUCUCUUGCUCAAGUCUUCUAACAUUUCAUCUUCAUUGUUGUAUUACUAAAAACUGAGCAAAGACUGCCGGAUUAAUGCGAAACUCUAACCCAUCAAGCUAUUGUUUCACACGUUUCCAAAAGUGGAAGAGCUUUGGACUGGUAUAUGGUUUAUCCCAUCUCCAAAUCGGGUCACUGCGAAAACUGUUGUGUAACACUGAUAGCAAUACAAUGUUUGUCAAGAGUGGGGGUGGGAUCCCAAAGCUACCGCAGCAAAAUCAGAGAGCCAGACCCUCAACUAUCCCAGAGCCAUCAGGCUUCCUGGUCUGUGGGAUGAGACUCUUAGGACGUUGAAUUUUUUCCUGCAGAAAUCCUGCCAUGAACAAGUUUUGUCCAUGUAGGUAAUCUUGCUUUACAUGUAGGUGAACUUCAAAUAACGAAUAACGUGAAUAAUAGAGCUUCUCAUUGUUUUCUUCUACAAAACAGUGUUUUUAAUUAAAUCAAGUCCGCAGUUUUCUUGCAAACUUCUCCAUUUGGACAUCAUUUCUUCCGUAAGUCAAGACAUUCUCUGAAAUUAAAGCGACCAGGCAAUAAAAACCUUAUAUUAUUCUAGUGCCUUCAGAGUCUCCACUAAACACCUACUGGUCAAGAAGCCUCAGGACUCUGUGUAUGACUCUGUGAGCCUCUCUAUGGGUACCUGCGGACGUCCAUUUCGUUGGGCGUCUUCCCUCAAAUAAUCAGUUUUUUUGGGCAAAAUUGUCGUAUAUCAAGAGUUUUUUUGCAUGGUAAUGCCACUAGUGAAGUCAGGCAAUCACAACGAUGACGGAAAUGAAAAACUAAGCUGAGAAAAACUCUGAAUUCGCAGCAGGCUUUUUGGCUGGUUUCUUUGCCUUUAUUGCAUGGCUAAUUUUGUCAAACUUGAUUGAAAUGGCAAUGUGAUCGUUGUUUUAAUCUGUAAGAUUGUUGCUUCAUCAAUGAUGAUUGUUGCGACUUUGAUUUUGUCGGAAAUACCCAUACAGAGGCUCACUCUGUCUCUGAUCGUGUUUUAAAAAUUAUUGAAAUUGCAUGCCUCUAACCUGUGUAUGACUGAAAUGAUCUAGUUUCCGUUUCUUGACAAAAAUGUACUCUGUUAUCAACAAGUGAUGUUAGCUGCAAGGUGGACUGAAGAAAAUUUUGGAAAAUACCUUUCUUACAAUGUCUUUUCAGAGAGACAUGGUUGGACGAGCACCAGGAAAUACAACAUUAUCAAAUUGUGCAGAACUUCGACCAGGUCGGCCAGAUGGUUAUGUGGUGCCAUUUAAUCCCCAAGGGGGUGGCUGUGGGGCUGCCAUGCGCUCCAUGUGUAUUGGUUUAUUGUAUCACUCCCCUGAGAAACUUGAUGAUUUGAUUGCCGUUAGUGUUGAGAGUGGAAGAAUGACACACAACCACCCAACAGGUACUUUUGUCACUUUUAUACCUUUUAACUUAUUUCCCCUUGCCCUAUAAAUGUCAUUCCUAGAGAUCAAAAUCCAAAAAAUUCUCAGAAACUUCUGAUCACUACCAAAUUUGACACACAGGAAGUGAAAAGUUUGGGCCCUUUACCUGGAUUGUUUCAGCCCCCAACCAUAGAUUCGUACAGGCAUCACAAUUUGUUUUUGAAAAUCAAGGGGAGAUGGUAGUAUUCAGUACGCACAAAAUGUCCUGAUUUUUAAACAGAUUCCUCGCUUUGAACAGAAAAAGUGUUAGAAGAAUAGUGCAAAGAAUUGUUUGUUGAAGCUUCAGUUAAGAGUGAAAUAAAACUUGAGGGCCUUAACAGGGAUGCUGCAAAACCUAAACCUACACUAGUGGCAAUAGACAAUAUUCAUCUCACCUGACAACAGUCAGGUUUUCAUAUUUCAACACGGCUUUACUAGUCAGCAAUAUCAGCCAGGUUUUGUUGGAUUUAAGUGUUGUUUGCUGGACUAAUUAAUUCCUGCCAGAGUGCUUCCUCCUCAGCAGCUAAGCUGAAAUGAAUUAAGGAGCACUGAACAUCAUGAAAAAGUACAAAAUAAUAAUGUUUUACUGUACAUGAUUAAGUGAAUCAAGAAAAUCUUUGCUGGGUUGAUUGGUAGUUUUUGGAAAGAAAGCUUCAAAAAUUAUUCCUUUUACAUCUUGACAUGAAUGAAUGACUUAUUUUUAACGGGAUUAUUAAUGAAUGUGAACUGUUGGUAAGGCCCAGUCAACUCUCUCAGUGGAUACCUCUAUAGGAUGGACACCUCCCUAAAACCGACACAUAGACUUGGUCCCUGCCGUUCUUUACUCCUCUUAGUCAACUCUCUAUAACACAGACACAAAAUGUAAGUCCUAGAGGUGUCCAUUAGAGAGGGUUGAGUGUACUUAGUCUGUGCGCCUUUACCCGCAUUGGCAUUUAAUGUAUGGAAGUCAUUAUAGUGAAGGUAAUGAUAUUAUAAUAAUUAUAAACAUUACCAUUAACAAUUAUUGUUAAUGACAGGUUACCUUGGAUCCCUUGCCUCAUCUCUGCUCACUGCAUUUGCUGUUCAAGGAAGACCUAUCAGGGAGUGGGGUGCAGGUCUCUUGUCCACUCUCCCAAAAGCCUUGAGGUACAUCAAAGAGGCUGGACGGGAUGUCAAGGAGAAUGAAGAGCACUGGUCUUAUUUCACUGAUUCAUGGACUGCUUAUCUGACAACAAGGGGAAUCCUCCAUGGUGACAGUGAUCCUGUUUUCCCUCAGCCUUACUCUGUCAGAGUACGUGAUGUGUUUUACAAAUCUGUGAGCUAUCGCCAGGGUUGGGCUGGGGCUAGUGGUCAUGAUGCCCCUAUGAUUGCUUAUGAUGCACUUCUAGGAGCUGGAGCAUCCUGGGAAGAGCUUUGUAGCCGAGCCAUGUUCCAUGGUGGUGAUAGUGAUAGCACAGGUGUAAUAGCAGCAGCUUGGUGGGGAGUGCUGUAUGGUAUGGAUGGGGUUCCGAAAUCCAACUAUGAAAAGUUAGAAUACAGAGAUAGGAUCGAAAAGGUGGCAGAGGAACUUUUUGUAAAGGCUCAAACGCUGACUUAGAACUGGUGGUAGAUUUACACAGGUUUUAAUGGCAAUGGUAAACUAUUGCUGCGGCAGUAAAUUACACAUUGCACUAAUUCGUGGGUUGUCCAUGUCAGUAAUUGAUAGCAUUACCUGUAUAGCAUGAAUUAGAUCAGUAGAGCUUUGAUCAAGGAAAACAGUUUGCAGGACCACGAUGCUCAUGACAAUGAUGAUGAUAGCGAUGAUUAUUUCACAGUGAUUUUAAUCAUGAAGGUGUUGGCCAUUAUUGUAAUGAUGAUGAUGGUGUUCCUGAUUACCUUAGGGGCUGAAUCUAAAAUGAAAGAGACAGGGUGCUCAUCAAAAAAUUAGAAAGACCCAUCUGGGCUUGGCUCAUGCUAUAUUUGACCCCUAAAUAAGACCAAAAUCUAGGGUAACACUGUAUAAAGAUAUGAAGGCAUUUGUUGUUUUUGUAUAGACAUUUCUUUACAUGCAACCCUAAACUAGAGAGGAUGACUCUUCCUUUCUUUCCCUAGGUGAUACCAGGGGUGUCUUGAAAACAAAGACCCCUAAGACCCGUACGAUUAGGGUUAGGAAACUGAGUGAAUCAACUUUCAGUCCAGUUUGCCCAGUAUAAUGACCUAAAUGGAACUUGAUUCGCUCAGUUUCCUUUCCCUAAUCAAUUAAGUUCAGAGUCAUUUGGUAGGGGGUCAAGGGGGUCUUGAGGGUCUUGAAGACACCCGUGGUAGCCUUUAUGAGUAAAAAUAUUUGCUUUUAAUUCUGAAUGCCCUAAGUGACAGCAAAAUCCCCAAUUUCUACCCAGAAGUGAGACAUUCAUGACACUUUAAUAUGAGACUGCUGCCUGUUGAUGAUAGUUAUGACGAGGAUGACAAUGAUGAUAAUGAUGAUGAUGAUGGUGGUGGUGGUGGUGAUGAUGAUGAUGAUGAUGAUGAUGAUGAUGAUGAUGAUGAUAGCAAAGGUACCAUUUCUUCGUAGGACGGGACACACGUCUUGCUUCAUAAACGAUCUGUUUUAGUCUUCAGUUUUAGUUCACUUAGAACUUUCCGAAUGUUGUGAGGCUUAAAACUAGAAGGAACUGUCUUAGUUAGGAUAGAACCUCCUAAAACGAAUGUGUUUCGUUUUUCUUCAAGAAGCAAGCCUACGUAAAUUAGGGACCUGCGGUAUUCAAGGAUGAGUUUUCAUAGUAUUAUUAUAGGUUUGGUCUUGUGUUGUAUUUUUCAGUGUCUGUUCAAUCCUUUGGAUCAUGCCAUUUCCCCACUCAUCUGGUGCAACUGCAAAAAACUACUCGAAAAUUAAGAGAGCACUUGUAGUUCAACAACAAAUACCUAUAAACCCUUCAUAGUAAAAUCAAGCAAAUAUCUAUACUCUCAGUUUACCUCAAGUCAGACCUUUUCAAGAUUGAGGUUGCAGACUCACAAAUGUUUUAAUAUACUCCGUGUAAUACUGUUUAACCCCUCUCAUCAAAAACAAUAUUUACAUUUGGCUGCCUAAUAUUUUAAUGAUGUAAUAUUUUAGCCUGUAUGUUUCCUUUUCCUCUGACACUUUGCAUCACGCCACCGAAAAACAGUGAUCAACAGUGAA